AUGCUCACUCCACCAUACCAUUUCUCCAUCGUCGCUUGCCCUUCAUCCCUCACUUCGAAUGGCCCCGAGUUACUCUAUCGGGGCUCGAUCCCCGCCCCGAGGAAUAAGUCAUUCAUUGAGCGAUUGAGCCUCAAGACAAUCGUAAUACUCAGGAAGAAAGCAUUGAAAGAGGAUGAUCCUCUGAUGUUAUGGUCGAGGAGGAGGGGGAUACAGAUAAAAUGGAUCAAAGCUGAGGAAAUGGGUGAAGAGAAAUUGGGAAUGGGUAAGAAUGAAGUGUUGGAGGUUUUGAAGAUCAUCCUCGAUAUCAAAUCAUACCCACUAUACAUAUCAGAUAUCGAUGGGAUCUCACAUACCACCUUGAUCGUAGCCUGUCUAAGGAAAUUACAAGGAUUGAAUAUGGAAUGUAUAAUCAACGAGAUAUGUCGUUUCGAACCUGAAUACCUCGAUCUUCCUCUUUUACCAUUCAUCCAAUCAUUCUUAUCUCUCAAUACCUCCGAUCCAACAUUGAUCUUACCCCAAACUCCUUAUCCAGGAUGGUUAUGGCCAGGAUCGACCACCCAGUCAGGUCAAGGUAAUAUCAGUGGUAGUAACAUGGGUAAAUCACGAGAUCGAUCCGGUUCGACUCUAUCAUCUUCAUCCACUCAGUCAACCACUAAUACAACAUCCCUCCCAUUCCCUCAUCCAUUAUCUAUCCGCAAACAUCCAACUAUGAAACUUACCUUUCCUAUCCUCCCUCCCCCACCGCCUUCAACAGCGGGGCAGGGGAUGACUCCUCCUAUGGGAUCAUCACCUAUGAUAGGUCUUUCAAGGGUCAACUCAAGGCGAGACAAAAUCCCCUUACAUGAAGAUGGAAGUAUAAUAGGUCAAUCAGUUAACAACAUAUCUGAUACCACCACCAACAACCAACAGUCACAAGCUGAUGAAAGUGUCAAGACUCAGGGUGAAAUUGGAAAUGAAAACAAGUUGGGUAGAACAGUAUCAUUCCAUUCUAUAUCUGAACGACAAUCACAAUCACAAUCGCUACCUAAGCAAGCCCAAGUACCUGAACCGAAAUCGAAAUCGACAACCACACCAACGCCCACACAGUCAAAUCAGUCUUCACCGUUGAAAUUAUCAAGAGAACAAACACAUACUACCUCGCCUACUUCUUCAGAUCUCCAAUCAACCGAGGGAGAAGAAGACACUGUUGAAGAUGGUAGAUUACCAAGAAGUGAAUAUCAAGAUGAUGAUGAUGAGUAUUACGAGGAUGAAGAUGAAGAUGAAUAUGAAGAAGAAGAAGAGGAGGAUGAGGAUGAUGAUGAUGAGGGUAAUGAACCUACUUCCCAAUAUAUCUCAGCAUUGGAUUUAGCUGGGUUUGGAUAA